AUGAACACUAUCGCCACCACCAACAUCAACUCCUAUACCACGAUUACCGCUACUAUUACUUCUUACAUCAUCGGCACCAUGACUACCAACUCUUACACCAGCGUCACCACCUUUGCUACCACCACCUGCAACUUCACCCAGAUGACGGCUGCCAUACCCAGCGUGGUGGGGCCAGCCUGUGACAUGAGGAAAGACCUGGAAGGCCUCGGAGCCACUGGCCCUCCUGAGGUGGACACUGAAGAUGGAUUCCUUAAGGGAAGAGCCCUCACUGCAGAGUUCUCACUGCAGAGUUCUCACUGCGGAGCCCUCACUGCAGAUCCCUCACUGCAGAGUUCUCACUGCGGAGCCCUCACUGCAGAUCCCUCACUGUGGAGCCCUCACUGCAGAGUUCUCACUGCAGAGCCCUCACUGCAGAGUUCUCACUGCAGAGUUCUCACUGCGGAGCCCUCACUGCAGAUCCCUCACUGCAGAGUUCUCACUGCGGAGCCCUCACUGCAGAUCCCUCACUGUGGAGCCCUCACUGCAGAGUUCUCACUGCAGAGCCCUCACUGCAGAGUUCUCACUGCAGAGAUCUCACUGCGGAGCCCUCACUGUGGAGUUCUCACUGCAGAGAUCUCACUGCGGAGCCCUCACUGCAGAGUUCUCACUGCGGAGCCCUCACUGCAGAUCCCUCACUGUGGAGCCCUCACUGCAGAGCCCUCACUGCAGAGUUCUCACUGCAGAGCCCUCACUGCAGAGUUCUCACUGCAGAGAUCUCACUGCGGAGCCCUCACUGCAGAGCCCUCACUGCGGAGCCCUCACUGCGGAGUUCUCACUGUGGAGCCCUCACUGCGGAGCCCUCACUGCGGAGCCCUCACUGUGGAGCCCUCACUGCGGAGCCCUCACUGCGGAGCCCUCACUGCGGAGCCCUCACUGCGGAGCCCUCACUGCGGAGCCCUCACUGCGGAGCCCUCACUGUGGAGCCCUCACUGCGGAGCCCUCACUGUGGAGCCCUCACUGCGGAGUCCUCACUGCAGAGAUCUCACUGCGGAGAUCUCACUGCGGAGUCCUCACUGCAGAGAUCUCACUGCGGAGAUCUCACUGCAGAGCCCUCACUGCGGAGUCCUCACUGCGGAGAUCUCACUGCAGAGAUCUCACUGCAGAGCCCUCACUGCAGAGUUCUCACUGCGGAGUCCUCACUGCGGAGAUCUCACUGCGGAGCCCUCACUGUGGAGCCUUGACUGA